AUGGCAAUGCUUAAUAAUAAGAACACCGAACAACUGCAAGAACUCGUUACUUGCGCUAUAUGUUUAGAAUAUUACAAAGAUCCACGUAUUCUUCCUUGUUCUCAUACAUUUUGUUUGAAAUGUAUACAACAGUUGGCUGUAACUGAUAAACCAGUAUGUCCAUUCCGAGAUAACACAACAAUUAAUCAGAAUGAUAUCAAUCAAUUACCAAUUAAUCGGACAGCCCAAGACAUGGUAGAAUUCAUGAUGAACUUUAAUCCAUCUCUUAACACAAAUUGCAACUCUUUAUGUGAUAACUGCAAUGAAAAGCCAGGUAUGAAUUGGUGCGAAAAAUGUGCAUUUCAUUACUGUGAAUCUUGUACAAAAUCAGUACAUUCAGUCAAAGCUUUACAAUCUCACACGAUUGUCCCAGCAUCCGAAAAAACGCACUCAUUUUGUUUGGAACAUUCUGACGAAAAAUUUAAAUAUUGGUGUACACAGUGUCAUCUUCUUGUAUGUCGUGAUUGUUUAUUAUUUAAACAUAAAUAUCAUACAUUUUUAUCACUGAAAGAUGCAGCAAUGGAUGCAAAAGGAAAUCUCGAGAAAAAAACUCAAGAAAUAAAUGAAAUUAAACGAAAUUUAACACAAUUUUCAACUACAACAAAAAAUGCUAUUAGACAACAACAACAAAAAACGAUUGAGGAAAGAAAUAAUAUCGAGCACAUAUUCAAAACUUUACAACGAAUGUUAGAAGAAAGAAAAUGUAUACUUAUUAAAGAAUUAGAAGAUGACGAAAUACACUCAAUAAAAAUAUUGAAUCGACAACAGAUUAAUAUAGAUCAACAUUUAAAUUUAACCACUGUUCAAGAACUUUGUGUUAGACAAAUAUUGAAUUCAGAUGAUCCAAUACAAAUACUCAAAUUCAAAUCUACAUUAUCUCAUAAUUAUAGUGAUUUCAUAGAAAAAUAUCGAAAAAUAGAUGAAGGUUGUAUUAUAAUGAGAGAUAUAUUUAAAAGAAAUGAUAAAGAUCUAGAAGAUCUUCAAGAUAUGAUUUCCAAACUUGGUAGUAUUACAAGU